AUGGCCUCGACAUCUUCAACACUGGUAUCAUUCUCCCGCUCUACUGACUUCACAACAACGGCACCUGCGACAAGCAUGACGGGAUCACCUGCUACUCAACCUUCCUCUAUACCUGGAUACAAAGAUGGUGUCUCACCAAUCCCGAUAGAGGCCAUAAUUGGCAUCGUGAUUGGUGCGGUUGCAGGGCUGGCGGUGCUGAUAGCUAUUAUUAUAUUUUUUGUGAGGAGGGCUGCAAUGAAGACGCGGGAAGAGAGGGGUAUGUGGGGUGACGGGGGAAAGAGGGUGUACGACACAGAUGACGAAUCGGCGAUGGUGUGGGAAGGAGAUAGGGAGGUAAGGUGA